AUGACGGGCACAACGAUCACAUCAACAUACACGACAGUAACAACAGAAACAACUGUAACAAUUACAACAACGACUAAUACUGACACCAUGACAACAACAAUUACAAUGACUACUAGCCAAACGACAACGAUUGAAAUCACUACAACUACAACAACAACCACAACUACAACAACAGCUACAACUACAACAACAGCUACAACUACAACAACAGCUACAACUACAGCAACAGAUACAACUACAGCAACAGCUACAACUACAGCAACAGCUACAACUACAACAACACCAAGUAUAGCCCUACUUUCUUCUUCUCUUUCAGAGGAUAUAUUUUAA